GUCCCUUUAAAUGGAAUACCGGAAGUGACAAUUUUGUUCUGCGAAAAAAACCAAACACACGUGUCUCCCCACCAACCUAACGUUAGCUAUCUAUCUAGCUAGCUAGUGACUGAACCGUCAACGAUGGGGAAGAGAAAACAGAAGAAUCAGAUCUUCAACAAUUUAUCAAAAAAGCAGAAGAAACAUCUGAAAGAAUUUGGGGAGGAGCAUCCAUUCCAUGAUAUGUACGCAGCAAUUCAAAUUCACUGUGACUUGUAUUCCUCAAUUAGCUAUAGCUAACGUAACUAGCUAGCAAAUAGCUAGCUUACUGGCUACACAUCACUUGACACUGCAUAUAAUAAAGUCCAUGUUUAUAAAUCAAAUGUUUGAAAUUAUUAAUUCUAGAGUCACAGAAAAGGCAGAGAAAACACAAAUAUUGGAUCUGGUAAGUACUGUCUCAUCGGCUAACUAGCUACUUAUUUGACUUAAAAUUAGUUAGCUAGCUAGUUAGCGUUUUUGAAAUGUGUUUUCUCUUUGCUACAGCCAGACAGCCCGGUGCAGUCCAGUGCUGAAAGUGACGAGGAUGACGAAACUGAGCAAAAGUCAGCAUACCAGAAGUUGUUGUCAACUCUAAGCAGCCAUGCAGACCACGAAAGCGAAGAUGAGAGUGUAGAUGAUGAAGAAGAGCAUCUCAGUGAAGGCAAGUCAAAGUGCACACUGAUUGAAGCAUAGUUUUGCUUGCAGAUAUAUUGAAUAUUGUUUACGUCAUGAUUGUCGUUUGUCUUUAGAACAGUCAUGGAGUGACAUUGCAGAUCAGAAUUUAGAAUUGUCUAUGCUGCUUGAUUGUAGAAGGCAGUGAUGGAGAUGGUGAGGAAGAUGAGGAAUAUCAAGAAGCAGGAUAUUAUUUGACUGUGACACCAAAAGAGGCAGAUGAGGAGGAAGCAGGACCAAAUGAAGGGGGUGAGGAUGCUAUGGAGGACGAAACAGCAGGAGGAGUGGAGUUUGAGGACAAGGAACAUGAGUCUCAGUUCUGUCUGGAGAACAACUUCUGUGGAGAAGGAGAACAGGAGGGCGCAGAGAGUACUGCUAAACAAGAGGACAAGGAAGGUAAGCGAACAUUGAGAACGAUUUAGUCCUCCUUCAUUCUGGUUUUCUAUCCAUUUACAUUUUAGUAAUUUAGCAGACACUUUUAUCCAGAGCGACUUACAGUUAGUGAGUGCAUACAUUUUCAUACUGGCCCCCCAUGGGAAACGAACCCACAACCCUGGCGUUGCAAGCGCCAUGCUCUACCAACUGAGCUACAGGGGACUAUCCACUAUCCAGCUCUGGAAGUCUUCAUAGUUCAGUGCAGCAAACAACUCUUGAAGGUGUCUUUGGAGUGAAAAGGCAAUGCUUCAAUGUGUUUCCCAUUUUUAAAAGAUCUUCCUGUCUUUUUUAGACCCCUUUAAGCUGCACCUUGACACAGAGAUUAGCGAGGAGGACGUAACAAGGAUCACUGCUGGCACUAAGGCCAAGACUCAGGUCAAGGUAAGCCCACAUUCGUCUGAGCUUAAUUAUAUUUGUAUGUGUUCUUGUUUAAAGUUUUACGGCCAACAUUGUGUAACCUCUCGUCAUGUCCACCUUCACCAUCCCCUUCCGCACACACAUCACACCACAGUGGCCAAAACUGGGCACCCUCCUCUGCACUUCCCCUCUGGAGAAAUUUGGUCCUGCCGGCCAGGAGAAAGACAAAAGGCCUCUUGCACUCCACAAAGUCCUGGAAACUAACUGGACGUCUCUGAACCAGACCUCCAACCCAAAGGGGGCCGUGGAGGAGGUCAGUCCACUGCAGCUGGAGCUGCUGUCUCUCAUGGGUUCCUACAGGGACGUGUACUUCCCAGAGAGCUCACCACUCACCAAGGGCCGGCAGGUCCGCAGUGCCUAUUGCCUCCACGCACUCAACCACGUGCUGAAGGCCAACUCCGGCGUUCUGGGUCAUAAUGCCCAGAUGAGGGAGAACCAAGCCGCGGACAAGGCCGUGGGGAACAAGGCCAGGGUUGAGCCACAGGAUGAGCCCCGGGACCAAGGCCUGACCCGACCCAAGGUAAGGCACCUGUUUACUUGUGUACUUUGUCCCAAUCCAGAGUAGCACCAAGGUGUGCUGAUUAGUAAUCCAGCUCUGUUGGAGGGACUGAAUGUUGUUUACACAUCUGGUUAGUCUACCCCUUUUCACCAUCAAGAUAUUGUAAUCAGUUCCCUCAUGCGUCUGUGUACAGGUUCUGAUCCUGGUGCCGUUCCGAGAUGGAGCUCUGCGUGUGGUCCAGACCCUCAUCAGCCUCCUGGAGACCAAGGGCAGGAAGAUGGAUGUCAGCAACAAGAAGAGGUUCAAGGACGAGUUUGGAGAGGAGCCAGUGGACACGCCGCCCAACCUCUUCAGACCAGAUGACUACACCGCCAUUUUCUCUGGCAACAUCGACGACCACUUCAGGAUAGGUCAGCAAGCAAAUAGGAUGUGUAUUACACUGCAGGCAAACUCAAUGAGAAUGUUUGUUAUGUUGUCGUGUGUUUAUAUUUCCCUAAAAUACCUUUAUAUUUCAGUACAUUUACACAAAACAUAGACAUUCAUUCACAAUAGAUUCCAUUCCAUUUUUGCCUCCACAUUCGUCUCAUUGCCGCUAUAUCUGACCAUUAUCGACCUUUGACCCCCACCCUCUUCAAACCAGGCGUGUCCAUCUUGAGGAGAAGCAUUCGGCUCUAUGCACCCUUCUACUCUUCUGACAUCAUCAUAGCGUCUCCGCUGGGCCUGCGUACGGUGCUGGGGGUGGAGGGCGAGUCCAAGCGGGACUUUGACUUUCUGUCCUCCAUCGAGAUACUGGUGGUGGACCAGGCUGACGUCUUCCUCAUGCAGAACUGGGAGCACCUACUGGUAGGGUUACCUAGCUAUAGUGUUAGGGUUACCUGCUAGUGCGGUUAGGUAGGGUUACCUAUAGUGUUAGGGUUACCUGCUAGUGCGGUUAGGGAGUGCUACCGGCAGGGUUAGGCUGGAUUGAUAAACAGUAGCCUAGAUUAAGUUGCCUCCAUAUUUUAUCAAGUUCUGUUAUAAGGACAAUGUUAAACCAAGCCAAAAAUAUCUGCUUCUGCUAUUGUAAAUAAUGUGUAUAAUUCAGGGAAGUAUCACUAUGGCAUCAUACAGGCUGCCUUUUUUUGUAUUUUAGUGGAUUACCUUCCUGUGUAAAGGGACCUUCUACACCACUGAACUUUUCUCAGUGUUGCUUUAACCACAAUCCCUGCUGUGCUUUCUUCCAGCAUGUGAUGAAGCAUCUGAACCUGCAGCCCUUGGACCCCCAUGGGGUGGACUUCUCCAGGGUGCGCAUGUGGAACCUGAACAACUGGGCCAAGUACUAUCGCCAGACACUGGUGUUCAGCUCUAUCCAGGACCCACAGAUCAACAACAUAAUCUCUAAGCACUGCUUUAACUACCGUGGCCAGGUCAGUGUGCACUUAGCCUGUGUGGCCUCUUCAAUCCACCGUCUGUACGAUUUCAACUAAUGAGUUAUACGCCAUGCCAUUAGAAACAUUGUUAAUUGGGUAUAAUGAAAGUUAUGUUUUUCACAUUCUUAUUCCAGGUUGCCACAAAGAAUAUGCCUAUAACAGGCUCCAUCUGCCAGGUUCUGGUUCAGCUCCCUCAUGUCUUCCAGAUGAUCAAGUCUUACAGCUUCAUGGACCAGGAUGCAAGGUAAAGACCCACUCUGUACUCUUCAGCAGUAUCCUACGAUGGUAUAAAAUCUGGGCAGGAAAUUAGGGUUGGGCUGAUAUAUGAAUAAAUUGAAUAUUGUGAUUUUUGACAUUGACAAUAUAUUGUGAAGUGCAAGACGAUAUAUUGUGAUACAAGACUAUACUCUGUUUGAACUUCAGUUAGGCUUUAUCAAUAUGUUGAAAAUGAAGUCUAAAUUAAUUAACUAAGCUUUAUUUUUUGCCAUACUAAGAUUAUUUAAUGAGAAUGUGACUAAUAUCAUAAACAAGAAUGAAAAAAAUGCACCGUCUGGAAAUAUCUAGUCAUUAACGGCGCAAAACGAUAAUAUCAGAUUUCGCGAUAUUUGGAGUAGCAUACAGUGUCUUAGAGGUCUACCCAAAUAUCGCCAAAUGAAGUCUCAGAUUUGCAACGGACAGCCUGGUGUAAGACACAUAAGGAAUACUAGAGGGCGCACUGCACUGAUACGUUCCAUGUCAAGACAAGAUCAACCCUACUCUGCAAGUGGCAACUUUUAAUACCACAAGAUCAGAACGGACUACAGAGGAAAUUCAUGGUUUAUUUAUUAUAGUGAGGUUUCAUUGUAAACAAUUGGAAGUCAUUGACUACCUCCUAUUGUGCUUAAAUGUUAUAAUGACAUCUUAAAAUCAAUCAAUGAAUAAAACCUUUUCUUAAUUUAACCCCGUUUUCCCUGGCAGGUUCCAAUUCUUUGUGGACAAGGUCCUGCCCCAGUACAGGGACUCGGUCAUGUCCCACACGCUCAUCUAUGUUCCCUCAUACUUCGACUACGUCCGGCUGCGCAACUACAUGAAGAAGGAGGAGAUCAACUUUGCCAGCAUAUGCGAGUACUCGACCAAGUCAGAGGUGUCCCGCGCCAGGCACUUUUUCCAGAAGGGAGAUAAACAGUUUAUUCUCUUCACCGAACGCUUCCACUUCUACAAGAGGUAAAAGUGGUGCUCCGUUUGAAAUAUGUCAGGCACAUUUUUGUUGUCUGUAAACAGGAAGUUGUCCAGCUGUGUAUAAUAAUGUUGCAUUAAACUUUCCCAUUGAAUAAUUAUGUCAACCCCCCUAUCAGAUACACCAUCAAGGGCAUCCAGAACCUGAUCUUCUAUGGGCUGCCUUCCUACCCUCACUUCUACAGUGAGGUGUGCAACAUGCUGCAGGCAGGGGGCCAAGGAGAGGAGGCUAGCUGGACUUGCACAGCCCUCUACUCCCGCUACGACGCCCAGCGCCUCGCUGCCAUCACCGGGGCCCAGAGGGCCGCUCAGAUGCUGCAGUCCCAGAAGCCUGUACACCUGUUCAUCACUGGAGAAGAGAAGGGCCCUCUGGGCCCCUAAUGCAUAGAUGGAAAGUGACUGAUAUCUGUAGGUAGGAAGAGGGAACUUCUCUUUCAACAGCCACUGUGUUUUUACUACAUAGGUCAUCAAUGAUGACGAUCAUGAAAAUGUCUUGACUAUAGUCAAACAUAUUGAGACAUUUUACAUAGGCUACUGUUGUAAAGAGUAUCUCUGCUUUCUAAUGAUACCAACUUUGUCUCUUUGAAUAAUAUGUAAUUGAACAGUGAUUUUUAUAGGAAUACACCCAAAGUUUCUGUCCGCUAGUAGUGUUUCAAGUGCCACUGGUAUUAAAGCGAUGUUACCUGAGACUUUAAGUGUCUUUUAACAUUAUUUUUAACACCAAAAAACUAGUCUGUGAAAUAAUGAGUAUUACCAGCAUUCAAAUGUUUUGUUGUUUGUCAUGUUAGCAUAUUGUUUUUAAUUACUUUAAGCGAUACGGAUGUGCACCUCGGCUUUGUCCUUUUGUUACACAUGGAGCUACUGCAGGGAUGGGCAACUGGCCCCCCUUUUGUAGGCCCACAGACCAAUGUCCAAAAAUAAUAAUAAUUUAGCUUUCUUAAUUUUUUUAUGAACUCAGUCGGGUUCUCAACUUAGUGUUGAAAAUAAGAAUAGUCAAAUACACAAGAUGCAAUUUCGAAAUUUGGUUGUGC